GACAGCCCCUCCCAGCUUCCUGCUCCGCCUCCAGAGCUCCACGGUGCUCCAGGGCAGCCAGGUGAGGCUGGACGUCAGAGUCUCAGGUAUCCCCCUCCCCCAGGUGAGGUUCUUCAGGGAGGGGGCGGAGAUCCAGAGCUCGCCAGACUUCAGGAUCCUGACGGAGGGCGAGAUGCACAGCCUGCUGAUCGCUGAGGCCUUCCCCGAGGAUUCUGGGAACUAUUCUGCCACCGCCACCAACAGCAGCGGAAGAGCAACCUCCACCUGCGAGCUGCUGGUGCAAGGUGAAGAAGCCGUUCCAGCUAAGAAAACAAAGACAGUGAUGUCGUCCCGUCAGACCCGAGUGGAGAAGAGGGUGGAGGCCAGCUUCCAGUCGUCCAUGAUGGCGAUGCACGUGGAGGGGGGGGAGCUGACUCUGGCUCAUAAGACCCCCCCCAGAGUUCCUCCCAAACCACCCUCAAAAUCCCCAACACAGUCCUCUCUGGCCGUCAGGGUGGGGGGGGGCCGGCAACAAUCCCCGUCCCCCGUCAGACACGUGAAGGCGCCAACACCAACACCAUCCAGGCCGUCCAUGUCUCCCAUCAGCAGUCGCUCCCUGGCGGACGCCGGCGGAGACGUUCUGCCGCCCUGGAAGAGAAGCGAGGCCGGGUUCAGCGCCAUGAGCGCCAGCAUGAGCAGUAUGACCGCCAUGAGCAGCAGUAUGACCGCCAUGAGCAGCAGUAUGACCGCCAUGAGCAGCAGUAUGAGCAGUAUGAAGAGCGCCAGCAGCUCCAUGCAGAUCAGCGGCGGCCAAUCCAUGCAGAUCAGCGGCGGCCAAUCCAUGCAGAUCAGCGGGGGCCAAUCCAUGCAGGUCAGCGGGGGCCAAUCCAUGCAGAUCAGCGGGGGCCAAUCCAUGCAGAUCAGCGGGGGCCAAUCCAUGCAGAUCAGCGGGGGUCAAGAGGUGACGGAGGCAGCAGCUGUGCCGUCAGCCGGCGGCGCCGUGGUUCCUCCCACCCUGGUGUCGGGUCUGAAGAACACCAACGUGACGGAGGGUGAGUCGGUGACGCUGGAGUGUCAAAUUAGCGGAAACCCCGCUCCCAGCAUCAUGUGGUUCAGAGAGGACUACAAGAUCGAGAGUAGCAUCGACUUCCACAUCUCCUACGAGAGUACCGUUGCUCAGCUGGUGAUCCGUGAGGCCUUCGCCGAGGACAGCGGGCGCUUCACCUGCACCGCCACGAGCGAGGCGGGCACC